AUCAUCGUACACUUUCACGCGCCGCACGCACUCCUCUCAGACUCACACAUAACCAAACAAAAAAAAAAUCGCAAGUGACCGAGUUCCAUUAUUGAACAGAGAGAAGUUAGAAAAAAAAAAAAAAACGAAUCGAGCGUGUGAUGCUUCACACUGUGUAGUGUAGGGUUCAGCAAUUUCUUCCAACACCGUUUGUGGCAUUGCAUUGAUGGAUUCUCCAGAACCUUCUCAGAUCAACAAAACUCCUUCUCUCUCCACUCUCAAUCCAUCCAACACUUCUUCUGACGAAUCUCCUCAAGUUCAAGAAUCUCCCUUUUUAAGAUUUGUCAACACACUAUCUCCAAUACAGCCUGUUAAGGCUUCUCAUGCGACACAUGGGUUUCUUGGACUCAAUUCUCCACCUCUUGUAUUCAAAUCGCCGCGUAUUAGCGGUCACCACCGUGAAACGCAGUGCUCGGAAAGGCCUGAAGGAAACCAUUUAUCCGAUGGAGAAAUAUCUCAAACUGACAUUGGAGAUAGUUGUCUUGGUGAAGCUCAUGGUGAUUUGAAAAAGUUGAAUCCUCAGCAGCCACUGUCAGAGGGAUUUACAAUAGACGCUCAGAAUGAUGUGAAAACCCAAAGCUGUAGUCCUCCACCAUCUGUCGAUAAAUACCUGGCUGAUCCCGGGGAUGAUCAAAUGUAUACUGUCAACCUAGAAAUGGAACAGUCCACUGACACAGUUGGGUCAUCACUAACUGAGUCAGAGAAAGUUAUAUUAGAAUUUGAUAGGAGUGAUGGUCCUGCUAACAAAGCAGAAGAACUUUUGCCUUUGUUAGAGGAAUCUAAUAUGGUUCAUCAAGAAAGGCCAGCAUAUUCUGAAAAUCUUGCAAUAAUGGAAGGGGAGAAAGAUGGUGCUGAAUUGGUUUCUGAAAAAAACACAAAUUUAGACUCCAGUUCUGGUGUGGAUAUUUUUGAUAAACAUUCUCAUGAAUCACUUCCCCAGUGUGCAGGAAAUGAUCAGCAGCAUCAUAGUGACUGUACACCUCAAUUGAUGCCUGAUCCUAUCCAGGAUAUUAAAGAGUUUGGAAAUUGCAAUGAGUUGAUGUCAACCUCUAAAGAGGUUGAAAAUUGCAACGAGACAAUGUCAACCUCGCAAGUAAAUUCAGAGAAUAUCACACAAGAUGGUUCUGAGGCUAGUCUAAAGCAUCAUGGCAUCCGUAGACGCUGCCUACAAUUUGGGGAAGCUGCUUCUGUUGCUCUUGGAAGUAAUAGGUCUCAUGUUAAAUUAAAUGCAACUUCACGUAACAUGAAUAUGCUUCCUAUGACGGCUUCCAAGCCACCGGGCAUUGGGUUGCAUUUAAAUAGCAUUAUAAAUGCAGUGCCACUUAGUUCUUCAUCUACUGGGGUGAGAUUAUCAGAUGGUUUACAAGGGAUGCACUCCAAAUCUUCUAUAACUUUGCAUAAAGUGGAAAACGUGACAAGAUCCUCGAUUCCGACUGAUAUGGAUACUCAAUCGUUUAAUGAUACUAAAAACGAGAGCCAUGAAACUGAUGCCUUAGUAGCUGCAGAUUAUUUCAUUUCUGAAUCUCCUAUCAUGACAGAGUCCAUUGACCUAUAUAUGGAAAAUGCACAUGAUAAGAAAAGAGUAAGCCAUGCAGAUACCGAGAAUACAGAGGAAUUCAAUCAUCCUAACACCUCCAAGAAAAAGAAGAAAACAAAUACUGAUGAUGCCGGUGCCCCUAAGGGGUGCAACUGUAAGAAGAGUAAAUGUUUGAAACUUUAUUGUGAUUGUUUUGGUGCCGGCCUCUUCUGUGGCGACAGCUGUGCUUGCGAUAGCUGUGGUAAUAGAGUAGAAUUUCAGGAGACAGUUGUUGAGACAAAGCAACAUAUUGAAUCUCGUAAUCCAGAUGCAUUUGCUCCCAAGAUUGUACCGUGUGCGGCCGAUGUUCCAAAAAACAAUAUGGAAGAUGUGAAUAUGUCAACACCGGCAUCAGCUAGGCAUAAACGAGGUUGCAAUUGCAAAAGGUCAAUGUGUACUAAAAAAUAUUGUGAAUGUUUUCAGUCGAAAGUUGGAUGCUCAAGCGGCUGUCGAUGUGAUGGAUGUAAGAAUGCCUUUGGCAAGAGAGAAGAUUUUGUGGCAAUGGAACAUGCUGUGAGCAAAGAAAGGGAGAGCAGCAUUGUUGAAGAAGCGUUAGACGACAAACUGCACAAUAGACCGAAAAUGGUGACAAUCAGGACAGGCUUGUUACGACCAGCAAAUCACCUCUCACCUGUAACACCGUUGUUGCAAUGCUCCGACCAAGGCAAACAGGGUGCAAAGUCUAGACUUGCUUCCGCAGACUCGACUCAAUCUUCCAAAAAAUCACGGAGUAAUCUUGCACAUACAGAAACAAACGACUCUCAAAAGAAUGCAGCUACAGGGGCUUCAUCUAAAGAAAAUGAGUGGAUAGAUCUUCCACCAUACCAACUCUCCAACAGAUGUGGUAUUCGCCAGUUAUCCGGGGGUUCUCUUCGUUGGCGCGGUAGUUCACCAAUUACUCCAAGUAUUAACUUAGAUGAUGAAUCAGAUGGCAAGCUCUUUGACAUUCUAGAAGAUGAAACACCUGAUAUACUGAAAGAAGCUUCAACUCCUACCAAGUCUGUGAAAGCAAAUUCUCCACUCCAAAAGAGAGUUUCUCCUCCACAGAGUCAUCUCCUUCGGAUUGGAUCAAGCUCUUCAGGAGGUGGCUUGAAAAGUGGCAGGAAAUUUAUAUUGCAAUCUGUUCCUUCUUUUCCGCCGUUGACCCCUUGUGCUGAUUCCAAGGCCCUUUGCAAUGGCAAGGAAGAUUCAAGUAACAGCGCAGAGAAAAUGACAUAAUCCGAAAGCUAAAGAAUGCCUUCAAUAUGUAUGGUUGGCAUCUUGUCCGUUUAAGGUUCCUAGGUGACUUAUUGUGUGAAUCAAUGCCAAGUUGAGAUUACAACUGAAUCUCAUUCCAAUGUGUAGUAUUCCUUUCAAUUUUUACACAUUGGAAGUCUCUUUAUAAGUUGUUGGAACAGGUUCUGUGUAGUUUAUAUUUUUCUUGUCCCUGCACCAUCUUUCGGGCAUGAACAUAUUCUCGAGUUUCAUCCAUCAAAGGGGAUGACUGUGUUACUUAGGUCAUUCAGUACAAAAUUGAUUAUAAAUAUUGAUAAUUAGUGAUGUACAUAAACCAAAUCAGUUCA